AUGUCCAAUCUUUCGUCAUCUCCUUCCCGCGUCGUUGCACAUGGUUCUCAAUCCAGAACUGGUGGCACUUGUUUCCUUGAUCUACCAUUGGAGCUACGCACGAUGGUCUAUGAUCUUUGCAUGCCCGAUAACGACGAAUGGGAGUUUCCAUUGCCUGGACAGCCUAAAGCCAAGGUCAUGGGGAUCAAUUUGUUGCGAUCCUACAAGCAAAUCCGACAGGAGACACAAGGUCGUGUCUGGUACAACUCCCUGCGCGUCCGAUUUCCACUUCCAAAGGAGUCUGAUACAAGUGUGAUCGACCUCGAAAUUGCCACUAGUUCACUGUACGAUGAAGCAUUGGCAAAAGUCACUUGGCUCGAGCUCGACAUCGAGGUCGAUCCGGACGACUUGUCUUCAUGUGGUCUUAUCUGUUUGGAGAGGCUGUCGAGCUUCAGAUCUUUGUGGGCGAUCUCUAUAGACAUAUGGUGGGGGACUCGCGACAGAAUCCGGAUCUUCAAGCCUUGCGACGAUCCGACCAAGACAACGUUCCUCAAAGGCCUUGUCAUACAGCUUCUCCUCCAAAUCCCUCGACGCUUCAAAGAUGUCUACUGGGGGCUCUUUAUCCCGAAAGAAGACCGAGAGGAUCUCGAUAAGGCGCUCGAACUGAUUGCCAAAGAGUACAAGUUUCUACAGGGAGCUCAUUACGAACGCAAAGUCGACACAACUUGCGAGGAACUCGAUAGCCCUUCGACUGCCGAAGUUCUUUCAGUAGGUUGA